AUGGGUCGUUUUACCCACGGGCCUUUCAACCCGCGGGUAAAUAUAGUGGGACUGCCCGUGGGUAAUUCGGGUUUACCCAAACUACCCACGGGUAGUUUUGGGUACUACCCAUACGGGUACCCGCGGGUAUUACCCAACCCUAUCCUUUGGCUAUUAGCCGAUGCACGACCGGCGCUGGUAAAGGCCAUCGUCGCCCUUGAGCCCUUAGGCCCGCCAUUCUCCAAGGUCACUAUUAGAACGGCGCCCGGGUCUCCGUACGGCAUUUCCAAUGCACCGCUCACGUAUGAUCCCCCGGUGAAUGAUCCCGCCGUGGAUUUGGUACGCUGUCAAGUCAAGGCGGGGGUAACGGGCCUGCUGGAUGGACUGUUACAGGCGAGCAAAAGUGAGCUGCCACCACGGAAGCUUGUUAACCUACGAGACGUUCUCGUUCUGGUGGUUACUGGCCAGGCCUCCUACCACGCCCCUUACGAUUGGUGCACUGUUGAGUAUUUGCGACAAGCGGGGGUAGACGCUGACCACCUGAAAUUAGAGGACGUAGGAAUCCUCGGUAAUGGGCACAUGAUGUUCCUUGAGAAGAAUAGCGACCGGGUAGCUCAGGAGGUUCAGAUGUGGCUGGAAAGGAUCUUGACACAUUAG